AAUCAUCCCUAUAUAUUAAGAUUAAAGUGGCGCAUAUAGCCCACGAAGCUUCAUACGUCAAAAUCUUUCCGAUUCAACGAUGGCAUCCAACAGUGUCUUCCUCUCCGUUCUGCUCUUUCUCUCCCUCACCUCCAUCGCCAAAUCUUACGACGAGGAUUGCGUGUACACGGUGUACGCUAGGACCGGGUCGAUCCUAAAGGGCGGGACGGACUCGAUCAUCGGCGUCAAGCUGUACGACGAGUACGGGGAGUACGUGGAUAUCACGAACCUGGAGGCCUGGGGGGGGCUCAUGAGGCCUGGGCACAACUACUUCGAGAGGGGCAAUCUGGACAUUUUCAGCGGGAGGGCACCGUGCCUCGCCGCUCCGAUCUGCGCGAUCAACCUGACAUCGGACGGCUCGGGGCCCCACCACGGGUGGUACUGCAACUACGUGGAGGUGACAUCCACCGGGCCACACAUCUCCUGCGCCCAGCAGCUCUUCACGGUGGAGCAGUGGCUCGCUCUCGAUACGUCGCCGUACGAUCUCACGGCUAUCCGGAAUUACUGCCCCUCUGUGGCUCAGAAUCGUCGUGAACGCCUCAAGUCUAGUGUGUGAUUUUUUGUUUUUACUGCCUGCUUUAUUUAUUUUAUAAUAAAUAAGUUUUUUAAGUUUUA